ACGCCCCCAAUGCAUAUGGGUCAGGUACGUUUCUCAAUGUCCAUUUAAAAAAUAAAAAAAAUUAUACCGUUCAAAUGUCCAGUGCCAGACAUGAUACACACACGCACGUGCCACACCACAUGCCUGAUGCCAACCAUGACACAACAAUUUACUCAAUUUUAGACUCAGGAAGGCUAUUAAUAAGUUAACACCAAUUAGACUCUGGAUAAGGAUUCAUUUUUUAAAAUCAGUCUGCUGCACAAGUGGUAGCUACAUGUACUUAUGAUUCCAUUUCUAUCUGCCCAGUUUUGUGGCAUAUUCUUACAUGCUUUUGUAGUUGGCUAUGGAGAGGAUGUUUUUGUGUAAUUUUCUAUUUCAGUGUUGUGUGUGUCUCUACAUGGAGGAGGAGUUGGAGGGGUUACCAAGAGGAAAAAGCAGCUUUUGUCCCCCUAUAAAGACUUUGUCCUAACUCCUCUUUCUGUCUGCGUGUGUCCUCCUAGCUGAUAUAAUUGGAGCAUUAGGGAGUAAGUGAAGCCUCUCAGUCCCAGACCAUGGGAAGAGGAGGAAGCAGCUGUUUAUCCCCUACAGAGACUGUUCUGACCAGGCUUUUUCUGUCUCCCGCUCUGUGUGUCUGUAUGGCUGGAGGAGGAGAUGGAGGGAGCUCCCACAAGGGAAAAGGGAAGAAGCAGCUCUUCAUCCCCUACAGAGACUGUUCUGACCAGGCUUUUUCUCUGUCUCCCGCUCUGUGUGUCUGUAUGGCUGGAGGAGGAGAUGGAGGGAGCUCCCACAAGGGAAAAGGGAAGAAGCAGCUCUUCAUCCCCUACAGAGAUUCUGUUCUGACCUGGCUCCUGAAAGACAGUCUGGGAGGAAACUCCAAGACCAUCAUGAUAGCAACUCUUUCACCCGCUGACGUGAACUACAGUGAGACACUGAGCACGCUGCAUUAUGCUAACAGAGCUAAGAACAUCUUCAACAAGCCCACAGUCAAUGAGGACAGCAGUGUUACAGUCAUCAGAAAACUGCAGGAGGAGAUUGUCAGACUGAAACGUCUAGUGGAGAAGAACAACCAGGCUUGCCUUUCUCCUCAGGAUCUCUCCAAGACACUGAAGGUGGAGGAGAAACUUCACAAGAAUGAGAUCAAAGUGUUAGAACUGACCAGGGAGUGGACCAACAAGUGGGGGGAGACCCAGAACAUUCUCAAGGAGGAGACUGUAGCUCUGAGGAAGCAGGGUAUAGGCGUGGUCAUGGACUCCAAACUACCUCACUUAAUCGGCAUCGAUGAUGAUCUUCUCAGCACUGGCAUCAUUCUCUAUCAUUUAAAAGAGGGCAGGACGCUGGUGGGUCGAGACGAGGCUUCAUCCAAUCCGGAUAUUGUGCUCCAUGGUAUUGGUCUGCAGGAGGAACACAGUUUUUGA